AUGUCAUUGUUGGCCUGCCAGAGUUUGCUGAUUCGAUUGCCAGUUCAAUGCGCCGAUUCAUUUCAGGCAAAAUGGUUCACGGUCACUAGCCAUGACGGUUUCGAGGUGCUUCAAAUGAUCAUCCUGUUCCGUUGCAAUAUUAUGCCGUUGUUUACUCUCUUUGUCGGUCGCGGCGGACGCCGUCAUUCGCUUCUAGCCUCGCGCACGCACACAACUGUCGGUGCAGCUGUGGUCCCACUGAUAUUGCGGAUUGUCAGGCAAGCCGUCAGUCAGAUGAAACGCGUUAUGCGCUUGAAGACGGCGCCGAGAUGCGUGAAAAACGUGCAGCAUCUAAAAGCGUAUCGCAUUGCCUCAUCAACCGUGCGAAAACGAAACAACACGCCUACCGACCGCAUAACGCGGCUGUGGCACGGUCCAGAUUCUGCUUCACUUCUUCGAGUCUCAUUCAGCGUAUCAUGGGAUGACUGGCAGACGGCGUCACGACAAUCAGAAACUGUAGCGGAUAUACGGAUCAAAGAUUACCGCAGUCGUUUGGCCACUUCAAUGGGUGGCGAUCAAGCAACGGAAGAACAAGAACCUAAUUAUUUUUUAGAGUUGAUGCCACAGCAAAUCCGAAGGGAAAGGCUGAUCUUCGUUCCCACGGCCUCUGACGCUACCGUGUCAGCAGAAGUGGAUAUAUCGGACAAAUUCGCCUUACGGGACGAACCAAACCAAAGCUCUGCCGAGCUUGGUUUCAUCAACGAUAGCGUGCCCAGCGAUGAGCCAGAGUCGAUGUGGGACGUCAGCAACUCUGAAGUCGAUGUCGACGAAACGAUCAAGCAGAUCAAGAGAGAACAACGCAACGCUCGGCUUCAGUUACAACGGCUGAAACAUCAGUUGAAGUCCGAGUCGAAGGCUUCCUCCAGGCCACUGAAUUUGGCCGCUGUCCGACUCUAG